GAAACCACGGAAGGAAAAUAAACCCAGCUGGAGAGGAGAGAGUGUGAAAACUCCGGAACCGCCACAAAGUGCACAGAAUAUCAGAGCCUGGAGACUGGAGCUCCACCGUGAUGAGCCAGUUGCAAACCCAGCACAUUAGAUCAACAUUCUAUACAAACUGAAAGGUGGAGGUAUUAAGAUGGAGGUAGUUUCAUCCAGUACAGCAGGCAGUCUUACAGAUGCAGAGAAGGAAGGGAAUGAAGAUCAGCACAAAGCCUUGCUGUGGUCAAUCCAGGAAGCUGCAGAGAAGCACACAGUGCAGAUUGGGGUUUCAGCUUGUGGUGCUACGGCAGUGGUGGAUGUGCUCCAGGCUCUGGGGAUCAUGGUGACACCAGAAACAGCUGACCGCAGUGUACGGACCAAGCUGAGGAGGAAUAAUUCCCCACUGCCUGAUUACCUUCAUUCUCGCAGUGAAGCUGGUGCAACACACAAGCAGCUGAUUGAUGGAGCAUGGGAAGCUAGUGGUGGACGAGUGAUGGGCAGAUUCUUUGGUUUCUUCCCACAGAGGAAGGUAAAUCUGGUGCCUUGGCUGGCACACUGGAUUCGACAUAAAGCUGUACCUGUGGCCACCAUGAACAUGCAGCGUGGAGUGGCAGAAGGUGAAGAGAUCCCUGACGCCUGGCAUCACCAGCUGAUCUUUGGAGUGGCACCCAAAGCUGUUUUCAUGACUAAUCCACUGGAUGUGGUAAGUGAAGAGGAGUUACAUGUGCGUCUGUGCAGUGAGUCUGUGCUGCUGAUACAUCGUGAAGAUGUCUUAAAGAGAAUAACGCCAGACUCUCCUCUUCUACUCAUCUCAGACCAUCAGAAUGAUCCCCGCUGGAAAUCUCUUAAUGUGGAAGGUCAAGUUCGAAAAAUGAUUGAAGAAGAAGAUUGUGAGGAAGAUCUUCCUAAAACGACGCACAUAACAAUCCCAGCAGCGUACAGCUCAGGAAUUACACUUUUUGCCCUAAAGGAUUCACCUAUUGGUCAGGAGCUCCUCAGUGCCCCCGAACUGCCUCUGCUGUGAUCGCCGGACCUCUUGUGCUGUGUUUGGUCGAAUUUUUAACCAACUGUCAUUACGAUAUGGUGUCAGAAACUGUAAAUUUCAUUUUUAACUGAAAAUGACAAACAAUGGCUGUCAGUAUUUCAGACUUUUCAUGAUGGCUCAAAAUAGAAGGUUAUGUAUGUAACCGUAACUCUACAUCUGAAUGGAGGAUCACCUGGACAAAUCAGGAAACAUCCCGUUCCCUAAUUGGAAAACAGAGAAUCAGUCCAGGAAGUAGUUGGAAUUUGCAAGCGUUGUUGUUGUGUAGGUUCAGCUUGCAUGUGGAUCUGUACUGUAACAUUAAGCUGUCAGUAAUAUAUCAUGUCUCUCAGCUUUUUAUUUGUCAUUGAAAGAGACGAGUGGAAAUGCGGUUGAUUAAAAUGUAGUGAUUUUC